AGAGCAUUUGUAAGAUCAUAAUGGACGGGUGUUUCUCAUUCAAUGAUAUUAAAUGCUUGCAACAACUUGUUGCGCCGCCUAAUGAUGAUUCUAAUUCAGACGACGAUUUACCCCAAGCUGGUGCUACGAAAUUGGGCCCUGGAGAUAUUGAACCGAUGGGAACGAUACCUGAACACCGUGGACCGCAUGCUGCUCUCAAGGGUGACGGAGAUAACAUCUGGCACCUUUCAGAAGUUACAGUGGCACCAGCAGCAGCAAAAACCUUGGACCCUCGCAAAGUACCAGAGUAUGAAAUAAAGUUUAAGCAGGCUGUCACAACGGAAGAUGUUUUCCUCGGGAUGAACUGCAAGACACCGGGAACAGCUUCCUGUGAAUGGUUAUCAGUUUUUGUUCAUCUGCCCAAUGAAACAAGGGAAAAAAUUGAAUUGAGCAUAGAGUCAGAGGUCAUUGAUGUUCGAAGUCCUAAGUAUCGGCUUCAUCUACCAACUCCACACACGACUGAUCCACAUAGCUCCACCGCCAAGUGGCAUUCAGAUUCAUCGUGUUUGGAAAUUACUUUGAAACUGUGCAGGGAACUGGACCUAAUUAAUUUCUAGAACUGUAAUAUUGUAUAAAUAAUUUGAG